AUGCCAAAAUUCUUUGUAAAAUUAAUUCGAUUUUCAGCAGAUGCCCAUUUCUUUUCGCAAUGUUCAUCACCAAUAGAACCUGGACCAUGCAAAGGCUUUGAAUUACGUUAUGGCUAUGACUCCGCAGCUCAAAAAUGCAUUCGUUUCGCAUAUGGUGGCUGCCUUGGAAAUCCCAACAACUUCAAAACUAGAAAAGAAUGUGAAGAAGCAUGCGUUGAAACGCAAAGCGCCUCUAAU